UAUAUGUAAAUAUAGACUUUUAGGAGGAAAAUUAUGUGGUAUAGAUUUGUCAAUGCUUAUGUACUACACUAAACUUACAUUAGGUACAUAAUUAAUGUCUAAAGUUUGCACUGUAUUCUUCUAAACGUUGUAUAGAAGGAGCAGAUUUUCUGCUAAAAAGUGAUUUCGAAUAAGAGUAUACGUUUAGCAGAAUGUAGUAACCAGUGUAUUGGAGGAUGUAUAUGUUUAAUUGCAAUUCCCUUUAAGACAUGAGCGAAAUGUUCUCAGUUAUAACCACAAUUAUUGCCAUGUUAAUAAUUUAAAGGGACACAAAACACCUUUCAAAUUUAACCUUGCUGUUAAGCAGAUGGAGAGGAACAUGCUGCUCUAAAUAUGCUUUUAAAAUAAUAGAUUAUAAUAGGAUGGGCAGGCACAGGGAUUGUUGAUGCCUUCUCCAGUGCAUUUCAUUUUCUUGUUAUAUAGUGUGCUAUACACUCACUAAGAUUUUUAUGUUUGCUCCAUUUCCUUGAUUUCAAGUCUCCAUUUUCCCCUUUUUACCCAUACUGUAAUUUUUUUGUUUGGGUAUUUCACCUACACAAUUAGUUUAAGGGCCAUUAUAACUGUCCAAUUACAUGUUCUGGGGGUCCUGAGCAGUACUUUAUCAAAAUGAGCAUAUUAUUUGUAUAUGCACACUUUCUGAGUCAUCUCCUACUGAGCUUGGGCAAAAGUGCACAGUAUAUACGUAUAUAUGCAUUUUGCGAUUGGCUAAUGGCUGUCGCAUGAUACAGGGGGAGGGAAAAUCAGAUUAAAUUUGACAUUUGCCAGAAAAUAUUCUUCUGCUUAUUUUAAAUUUAGAGUAAGUGCUAUUGCGUUGUCUUUUUAUUGUGCAUUUUGUCAAUUAUAUUGUAUUUAGUGGUCCUCUAAUUGAAGUCUUCUGUUGAUUCUAAUCUGUGAUUCCACAAUACUACUUCAACAAAAUGACAUUAAACCAAAAGGGGCUGCCAUCAAACACUGACUACUUGUAUGCAAAUGUAUCUAUAAUAGUUGAUUUUGUUGCAAAAAAAUGUUUUUGUCUUCUGUUUUUCAGUCACACCUGAACACGCAUUAAAUAUUUUCACACCAAAAGGGCCUGACAGAUUUCUUUUAGUUAUAUAUUCAAAUUUUGCUGCAUCUGUAUAAUUUUCUAAUGAUGAAAAUGGACAAGAAGAAGAUGACAGAAAAAAUAUUGAAUUAUGCCCUAGAGAUAAUCUUUGUUCUAACUGGAGAGGAGUAUACUAUUGUGAAAAAGAAUUCACCUCACAGCAGUGUUGAUCUGCUGACUGGAGAGGUCCCUAUAAAGUGCGAUGAUGUUGCAGUUUAUUUCUCUAUAGAGGAGUGGGAAUAUGUGGAAGGACACAAGGAGCUUUACAAAGAUAUGAUGCUUGAAAACCACCAAAGCAUCAAGGCUGGGAGAAACCAAUCAGACAGCUCUGAGAUAAGAGGUCUGCAUCAUGAAAAGCCUGGCACUUUAUCAAACAGUGAGGAUAAAGCAGAAGAAAAAGAUAUUCAAAAAGAGGAAAUGCAAUCUGACUCCAGUGCAGGUCACCAUGAUAAAAUAAAUGUAGAUACUAUAUCAGUUAGUGACGAAGAAGGCAAUGAGAACGAUAAAAGAGAUACUCAAUCAAUGGAAAUCCAUUCAGACUCAUGUGAAGAUGAACCAUUCAGCUGGAAUAUGGUUGGUGAUCAAGUUGCUGUGUUAGAUUCUUCAGAGAAGCUACUUAAAGACCAUACAAAUCCAUCUAAAACGGUUCAAGGGGAAAUCUCUGAAACAAAUUUGCCCUUUGCAUCUACUUUACUUGACAAUGAAAAUAUUGGGUCUAAUCUUAUAUCUUAUAAGUUUGAUGAAACAUCAUCUGAUCUUAGUCAGAAAUUUGUUAAAGAUUGCUUCAAUGCAACCUUCAGAGUUAAUGAUAUUAAGAAAGAAGAGAUUACAGCGUGCACAGAACAGGCUAGUGAAAUCUCUUUUUGUGAAGAUCAGCCUGCAUCACACACUGGUGAAAAGCCUCAAAUGUACAUCCAAAGUAAGAAACAAAUGACUUUUCAAUCUAAGAUGGACGCUGACAACCGAGCACACACAGAGGAACCAUUCAGCUGGAAUAUGGUUAGUGAACAAGUAGCUGUGCUGGAUCCUUCAGAGAGGCGACUUAAAGACUCUACAAUUCAACCUAAAAAGGUUCAAGGAGAACUUUGUGAAACAAAUUUGCCCUUUGGAUCUGCUUUACAUAACCAUGGAAAUCUAGGGUCAAAUCCAGUACCUUAUAAGUUUGAUCAAACAUCAUCAUCUGAUCUUUGUCAGAGAUUUGUUAACGAUUGCUGCAAUACAAUGUUCAGAGUUGAUGAUAUUAAGCAAGAAGAGAGUACAGCCUGUGCAGAACCUACUAGUAAAAUAUCUUUUUGUGAAGAUCAGCCUGCAUCACAUAGUGGUGAAAAGCCUCAUAUGUACAUCCAAAAUAAGAAACAAAUGACUUGCCCAUCUAAGCUGCACGUUGACAACAGAGCAUACACAGCUGAAUCCAGUACAUGGAACAUAUGUGCUGAUAAAGGUGCUCUGCAAGAGUCAACUGAGGAAAUAGUAGAAAGUGAUACAGCUUUAUCUAACUGGUUUAAUAGGGAAGAUUCUGAAGCAAACUUGAUUAAUGGAUCCACCUUUUGUGAUAAAGGAAACCAAGCACCUACUUCAGUGUUUUAUGAAUGUGCAGAAACGUUAAGUGUUAUUAAUCAAAAGUAUGUUGAAGACUUCAAUGGUAUAUUAUACAAAACCUGGGAUGCUAAUAAGAGUCAGCAUACAGACUAUGCAAAACAGGAUGUCACUUCAGCUGUUUGUGAUAAUCAGAAAUCACCCCAUGCAGCCAGUAUACCUGGUAUGUGCACUAAAAAUAGGAAAAUUCUUUUUUCUGCUUCUAAGCUGAACCUAAAGAAGAAAGCCCACAUUAACGACACUGCCCUUAAAAGUAGUGAAUACAGUAGACAAUUUUCUUACAUUUCUAAUUUUAUUACAAAUCCAAGUUCAGUCUUACAAGAGAAACCAUAUGCUUGCCCUGUUUGUGGGAAAUGCUUCUCUCAGCGGUCAAAUCUGGUUUCGCACCACCGAACUCAUACAGGUGAAAGACCAUAUGUUUGUCUUGUUUGUGGAAAAGGCUUCUCUGAAAGAUCAAAUUUGAUUGCUCACCACAGAACUCAUACAGGAGAAAAGCCGUAUGUUUGCUCUCAUUGUGGAAAGUGCUUCAGUCAACGUUCAAUUUUGGGUCGACACCAAAGAACCCACACUGGAGAAAAGCCAUAUAUUUGUCUUCAGUGUGGAAAAAGUUUUACUAGGCGGUCAUAUCUGGUUAUGCACAACAAAUGUCAUUUAAAAGAUAGUCAAACUUGCCUUUAAUAUGAAAGUGUGCUUGCUAAGCAUGGUAUUGUACCAAAACAUGGACAUCUGGGAGUUUUAUAGGAAGUUUAUAACAUUAGACACACAUUUUGUUUAAAUAUACUCUAAUUGGACCCCAGAGUGCACCAAUCCUGUGGUGGGAUAUCAACAGAAAGGACUGCAGUACAGUUCAUUUUUAUGUAUUUGUCCCUAUUUUUGAUGUUAGGGCAUCAAAUUGUUGUAUUUAUUGUAAAGUUAUUUUUUAAUAGAAAAAAAUGUUAAUCAACCAAAACGUUAUUAUUAAGAGAAUAUGAUAAUCACAUGAACAAAAUAUUCUAAAGAAUUCUCUGUUGCUCCAAGAUGAUGCUGAUAAAACCUUUCAGUGCACUUCUUUGAGAUUUGAUGUCACCAUAGACACUUUUCUCAAUAAAGUCAGCAUUUUCUUGAUGGUA